AUGGAGACAGCAAAGCUGAUGUGGGCCCGUCUGCCGAACUCGGAGGUUGAGGCAGAUGGCACUGGUGCUCAUGACGAGCUCGGCCGGUCGAAAAAGAACGAUGGGAGCACGGUUGAAAGCCUCGACUAUGAAGUUAUUGAGAAUUUGGCCUACAGACAAGAGCAGGCAAAGAGGGGGAAGCUUUAUAUGGGAUAUAGUGUGGUAGUGAAAUGGAUUUUGGCAUUGCUUAUCGGGAUUGGUACUGCAUUAGCUGCUGUUUGCAUCAAUAUUUCUGUUGAGAAUUUCGCUGGAUGGAAGUACUCGCUGACCUUCAAUAUAAUUCAGAAGUCGUACUUCGUGGGGUUUCUGAUCUAUGCAUCCAUCAACUUGGUUCUAGUUUUAUCUUCUGUAUAUAUUGUUACACAAUUUGCACCAGCAGCUGCAGGAUCAGGAAUUCCUGAAAUCAAGGGCUAUCUAAAUGGAAUUGACACGCAUGGCAUACUUCUGUUCAGAACAUUAGUAGGAAAGAUUUUUGGUAGCGUAGGGUCUGUGGGAGGUGGCUUGGCUCUUGGUAAAGAAGGUCCACUUGUACAUAUUGGUGCUUGUAUUGCUUCGUUGCUUGGGCAAGGUGGUUCUACAAAAUAUCAUCUGCGCUCCAGAUGGUUACAAAUAUUCACAAGCGAGCGUGAUCGUCGUGAUCUUGUAACCUGUGGAUGUGCAGCAGGCGUGGCUGCUGCUUUUAGAGCUCCUGUGGGUGGUGUAUUGUUUGCACUGGAAGAAGUAACAUCAUGGUGGAGGAGUCAGCUUAUGUGGCGUGUCUUUUUUACAUCUGCCAUUGUUGGGGUUGUUGUACGUACGGCAAUGGGGUGGUGCAAAAGUGGAAAGUGCGGACAUUUUGGCUCUGGAGGUUUUAUCAUAUGGGACAUAUCAGGUGGUCAAGAAGAUUACUCGUUUCAGGAGUUGUUGCCAAUGGCAGUUAUUGGUGUUAUCGGGGGUCUUCUAGGGGCACUUUUUAAUCAACUUACUUUCUACAUAGCUCUCUGGCGCCGGAAUUAUUUGCACAAGAGGGGAAAUCGAGUCAAAGUUAUUGAAGUGUGUAUUGUUUCUUUGAUCACCUCAAUCAUUUCAUUUGGAUUGCCACUUUUUAGACAAUGCACCCCUUGCCCUGAAGCGAAUGCUGAUUCUGGUAUUGAAUGUCCUCGUCGCCCGGGAAUGUAUGGGAAUUAUGUCAAUUUCUAUUGUGGUGACAAGGAAUACAACGACCUUGCUACUAUAUUCUUCAACACGCAGGAUGAUGCCAUCAGGAAUUUGUUUAGUGCUAAAACAAUUCAUGAAUUUAGUGCGCAGAGCCUUCUGACCUUUUUGGUUAUGUUUUACUCUUUAGCAGUGAUCACUUUUGGCACUGCUGUUCCGGCAGGUCAAUUUGUUCCUGGCAUAAUGAUUGGUUCAACUUAUGGUCGGCUUGUUGGCAUGUUUGCUGUUAGCUUUUACAAGAAGUUGAAUAUUGAAGAAGGAACAUAUGCCCUCCUAGGAGCUGCAUCAUUUCUUGGUGGCUCGAUGAGGAUGACUGUAUCCCUGUGUGUGAUUAUGGUCGAGAUUUCGAAUAACUUGAAGUUUCUACCUCUUAUCAUGCUGGUCCUCCUCAUAUCAAAGGCUGUGGGUGAUGCUUUUAAUGAAGGCCUGUAUGAGGAGCAGGCUCGACUAAGGGGCAUCCCAUUACUGGAAUCGAGACCAAAAUAUCAAAUGCGUAAUAUGACUGCAAAGGAGGCAUGUGGACAUCAGCAGGUCGUCUAUUUUCCUCGUGUUGUGAAGGUUGUGGAUGUACUUUCAAUUUUGAGGAGCAACAACCAUAAUGGUUUUCCUUCAAAGGUCGAUUUUCAGCACAGUCCACUGCCGUUUAAUUCAGGAGAUGGACCCAUGCAAAUCAGGCACAAUCUUACAGAAUUCGUCAAGCCCGUUUCUAGUAAGGGAUUAUCUAUAGAUGACAUCCACCUAACUUCUGAGGACCUCGAAAUGUACAUCGACCUUGCUCCGUUUUUAAAUCCAUCUCCUUAUGUUGUCCCUGAAGACAUGUCAUUAACAAAGGUAUAUAAUUUAUUCCGGCAAUUAGGAUUGAGGCAUAUACUUGUUGUACCGCGUGCCUCUCGUGUGGUUGGGAUGAUUACGAGGAAGGAUUUAUUAAUAGAGGAAAAUGAUGACACAGCGACUUUUGAGCUUCAAUCCACGAGUGUAAGGUCUCUCUGCUGCUUUUUUACCGGCAUCACUUGA